AUGCAACCUUCCUUGGGAUGGGACCAGCCGGGAUGCAGCUGCAGCUUCGGGAGGCACUGGUGGAAACUGGGCAUGGUGGCUCUGCUGACGGCGGAGGGCAGCGCCUGGAGCCGGGCACUGCUGCUCUCGCUGGGGCUGCUGGCAGGAUCGGCCAUGGCCCAGAACUGCAGUCACACAUUGCAGGGCCCAAACGGGACAAUACAGAGCCCAGGCUUUCCCUAUGGAUACCCCAAUUAUGCAAACUGCACGUGGACAAUCACUGCUGAGGAGCAGAACAGGAUACAGCUUGUUUUCCACUCCUUUGCAUUAGAGGAAGAUUUUGAUGUAUUAUCCAUCUACGAUGGGCUGCCUCAGCAGGGGAAUCUGAGAACGAGGCUGACAGGAUUCCAGCUGCCCGCUCCCAUCGUCAGCACUGGCCUGGUGCUGUCCCUGUGGCUCGUCAGUGACUACGCCGUGAGUGCCCAAGGCUUCCAGGCCAGCUACGAGGCCCUGCCCAGCCACACGUGCGGGAACCCGGGGCGGCUGCGGAACGGGGUCCAGCAAGGAACCACCUUCAGCAUCGGGGACAGGGUCAGGUACAGCUGCAACCCUGGAUUCUUCCUGGAGGGCCAUGCCCUGCUCACCUGCCAGGCCAGCUCGGGACAAGGAGCCUCCUGGGAUUUCCCUCUCCCCGUCUGCAGAGCCGACGACGCGUGCGGAGGGACCCUGCGGGGCCAGAGCGGGAUCAUCUCCAGCCCUCACUUCCCCCUGGAGUAUGGCAACAAUGCAGACUGCACCUGGACCAUCCUGGCCGAGCCUGGGGACACCAUUGCCCUGGUUUUCAUGGAUUUUCAGCUGGAGGAUGGAUAUGAUGUCCUGGAAGUUGCUGGCACGGAGGGAUCCUCGCUCUGGUUCACUGGGAUGAAUUUGCCUGCCCCUGUGAUCAGCAGUAAAAAUUGGCUGCGGCUGCACUUCACCUCUGAUGGCAACCACAGGCAGAAGGGCUUCAGUGCCCAGUACCAAGUAACUCAGGUUGGUGUGUCCCAGGGACAUAAUUUGUGUCCAGACCCUGGGAUUCCCGAGAGAGGCAAAAGGAUAGGCAACGAUUUUAGGCUGGGCUCCAGCAUCCAGUUCUCCUGCAACGAGGGCUACGACCUGCAGGGCUCCAAGAGCAUCACCUGCAAGAGAGUCAGCGACAUCAUCGUGGCCUGGAGCGACCACCGGCCCGUCUGCAGAGCCAGGAUGUGUGACACGUACCUGCGCGGGCCCAGCGGGGUCAUCACGUCGCCCAACUACCCCGUGCAGUACGACAACAACGCCUACUGCGUGUGGGUCAUCACCGCCCUCAACCCCGCCAAGGUGAUCAAACUCACCUUCGAGGAAUUCGAGCUGGAGAGAGGCUACGACACGCUGACGGUGGGGGAUGGAGGCCAGGUCGGAGACCAGAAAUCUGUGCUUUAUGUCCUGACGGGCACCACGGUCCCUGACCUCAUCGUCAGCACCCAGCACCAGAUGUGGCUCCUCUUCCAGACCGACAGCGUCAGCAACCUGCUGGGCUUCAAAGCCACCUACGAAGAGAUCGACCAGGGCAGCUGUGGCGAUCCCGGCGUCCCCGCCUUCGGCCGCAGAGACGGCUCCGGCUUCCGCCACGGGGACACCCUGCACUUCGAGUGCCAGCCUGCCUUCGAGCUGAAGGGCCACAAGAGCAUCACCUGCCAAAAGAGCAGCCAGUGGUCUGCUCAGAAACCUGUGUGUGUUUUCUCCUGCUUUUUCAACUUCACCAGCCCGUCGGGCAUCGUGCUGUCCCCCAACUACCCCGAGGAGUACGGGAGCAGCCUGCACUGCGUGUGGCUCAUCAUCGCCAACCCCGAGAGCCGGAUCCACCUGGCCUUCAACGACUUCGACGUGGAGCCCCAGUUCGACUUCCUGGCCGUCAAGGACGGUGGCACGGCCGAGUCGCCCGUGCUGGGCACCUUCUCGGGGAGCCACAUCCCCUCCUCGCUGACCAGCAGUGGCCACGUGGCCCGGCUGGAGUUCCAGACUGACCACUCCAUGGAGAAGAGAGGAUUCAACAUCACCUUCACCACGUUCCGGCACAACGAGUGCCCGGACCCCGGCGUGCCGGUGAACGGGAAGCGCUUUGGGGACAGCCUGCAGCUGGGCAGCUCCGUGUCCUUCCUGUGUGACGAGGGCUUCAUCCGCACCCACGGCGCCGAGAGCGUCACCUGCGUGCUGCAGGAGGGCAACGUGGUGUGGGACAACGCCGUGCUGCGCUGCGAAGCACCCUGUGGGGGCCACCUGACGUCACCCAGUGGAACCAUCCUGUCCCCAGGCUGGCCUGGCUUCUACAAGGACUCGCUCAGCUGUGCCUGGGUCAUCGAGGCCCAGCCUGGCUACCCCAUCAAGAUCACCUUUGACAGGUUCAAGACAGAGGUGAAUUAUGACACCCUGGAGGUGAGGGACGGCCGCUCCUACUCCUCUCCCCUGAUUGGGGUCUAUGAUGGCACCCAGGUGCCCCAGUUCCUGAUCAGCACCAGCAACCACCUCUACCUCCUGUUCACCACGGACAAGAGCCACUCUGACAUCGGCUUCCAGAUCCGAUACGAAACUGUGAAGCUGCAGUCUGACCACUGCCUGGACCCGGGCAUCCCGGUCAACGGGCAGCGCCACGGCAACGAUUUCUACGUGGGAGCCCUGGUGACAUUCAGCUGUGACCCUGGCUACACCCUGAGUGACAGCGAGGCCCUGGAGUGCGAGCCCAACUUCCAGUGGAGCCGGCCCCUGCCCAGCUGUGAGGCUCUCUGUGGGGGCUACAUCCGUGGCUCCAGUGGCACCAUCCUCUCCCCAGGCUUCCCUGAUUUUUAUCCCAACAACUUGAACUGCACGUGGACGAUAGAAACAUCCCAUGGGAAAGGUGUGUUCUUCACCUUCCACACGUUCCACCUGGAGAAUGGCCACGAUUACCUGCUGAUCACAGAGAACUCCAGCUUUGCCCAGCCCCUGAAGCAGCUGACGGGCUCGCGGCUGCCGGCGCCGCUCAGCGCCGGGCUCUUCGGCAACUUCUCGGCCCAGAUCCGCUUCAUCUCCGACUUCUCCAUGUCCUACGAGGGCUUCAACAUCACCUUCUCAGAAUACGACCUGGAGCCGUGUGACGAGCCAGAAGUGCCAGCCUACAGCAUCAGGAAGGGGCUGCAGUUCGGAGUGGGGGACGUGCUGACCUUCUCGUGCUUCCCGGGGUACCGGCUGGAGGGAGCGGCCCGGAUCACCUGCCUGGGCGGGAGACGGCGUGUGUGGAGCUCGCCUCUGCCAAGGUGUGUUGCUGAGUGUGGCUCGUCCGUGACGGGAACCCAGGGUGUGCUGCUGUCCCCCAACUACCCCCUGAACUACAACAACAACCACGAGUGCAUCUACUCCAUCCAGAGCCAGCCUGGCAAGGGCAUCCAGCUGAAAGCCAGGACCUUCGAGCUGGAGGCAGGAGAUGUCCUCAAGGUCUACGAUGGCACCAACAGCUCUGCCCGGCUGCUGGGCACCUUCAGCCACUCGGAGCUGCUGGGCACCAGCAUCAACAGCACCUCCAGCUCCAUGUGGCUGGAGUUCAUCACUGACACUGCCAACACCAGCAAAGGCUUCGAGCUGCAGUUCUCCAGUUUUGAGCUCAUCAAGUGCGAGGACCCCGGCGUGCCCCAGUUUGGGUACAAGGUGCACGACGAGGGACACUUUGCUGGCAGCUCGGUGUCCUUCAGCUGUGACCCUGGCUACACCCUGAGAGGCACCAGGGUGCUGGUGUGCCUGACAGGGGAGAGGAGAGCCUGGGACCAGCCCCUGCCGACCUGUGUGGCUGAGUGUGGAGGGACAAUCAGAGGAGAGGCCUCGGGACGGAUCCUUUCUCCAGGAUAUCCAACCCCCUAUGACCACAACCUCAACUGCAUCUGGACCAUCGAGGCAGAGCCUGGAUGCACCAUUGGGCUCCACUUCAUGGUUUUCCACACCGAGGAGUUCCACGACGUGCUGCGGAUCUGGGACGGGCCGGUGGAGAACGGGAUCCUGCUGAAGGAGAUGAGCGGCUCGGGGCUGCCUGGGGACAUCCACAGCACCUUCAACUCUGUCAUCCUGCAGUUCAACACCGACUUCUUCACCAGCAAACAGGGCUUUGCCAUCCAGUUCUCAGUGUCCACAGCCACCUCGUGCAACGACCCAGGAAUCCCCCAGAACGGGAGCCGGAGCGGGGACAGCAGAGAGGCCGGGGACUCCAUCACCUUCCAGUGCAACCCUGGCUACACCCUGCAAGGGGAGGCCCAGAUCACCUGUGUGCAGAUCCAGAACAGGUUCUUCUGGCAGCCAGACCCCCCCACCUGCACAGCUCCCUGUGGCGGGAUCCUGACGGGCCCAGCUGGGGUGAUCCUGUCCCCACAGUACCCGGAGCCAUAUCCCCCAGGGAAGGAGUGUGACUGGAAGCUGACAGUGUCCCCUGACUAUGUCAUUGCCCUGGUGUUCAACGUCUUCAGCCUGGAGCCUGGCUACGAUUUCCUGCACAUCUAUGAUGGGCCUGACUCCCUGAGCCCCCUGAUUGGGAGUUUUUAUGGCUCCCAGCUCCCAGAGAGGAUCGAGAGCAGCAGCAACAACCUUUUCCUGGCGUUCCGGAGCGACGCCUCCGUCAGCAACGCCGGCUUCGUCAUCGAGUACACAGAGAACCCCCGGGAGUCCUGCUUUGACCCAGGCUCCAUCAAGAAUGGCACCAGAGUGGGCACAGACCUGAAGCUGGGCUCCACCAUCACCUUCUACUGUGAUGGGGGCUACGACAUUGAGGGGGGCCCCACCCUCACCUGUGUCAUGGGAGGGGAUGGGAAACCCACCUGGAACAAGCCUCGCCCCACCUGUACAGCUCCCUGUGGAGGGCAGUACACAGGCUCAGAUGGAGUGGUCCUGUCCCCAAAUUAUCCCCAAAACUACACCAGUGGCCAGGUGUGCCUGUACUCCAUCGUCGUGCCCAAGGACUAUGUGCUCUUCGGGCAGUUUGCCUUUUUCCAGACGGCGCUCAAUGACGUGGUGGAGGUGCACGAUGGCCCCACGGAGCACUCACGGCUGCUCAGCUCCCUCUCAGGCUCUCACUCAGGGGAAUCUUUGCCAUUGGCCACCACCAACGAGAUCCUCAUCAAAUUCAGCUCCAAGGGUCAAUCAACAGCCAAAGGCUUUCAUUUUGUCUACCAAGCCGUGCCCCGCACCAGCGCCACGCAGUGCAGCUCGGUGCCGGAGCCGCGGCACGGCCGGCGCCUGGGCAGCGACUUCGCCGUGGGCGCCGUGGUGCGCUUCGAGUGCAGCCCCGGCUACAGCCUGCGGGGCUCCCCGGCCAUCCAGUGCCUGGCCAUGCUCGGGGCCCUGGCUCAGUGGAACUCCUCCGUCCCCACCUGCGUGGUGCCCUGCGGGGGGAACCUGACAGAGAGGAAAGGAACCAUCCUGUCCCCAGGCUUCCCUGAGCCCUACCUGAACAGCCUCAACUGCGUGUGGAAGAUCUCAGUGCCCGAGGGAGCAGGGAUUCAGAUCCAGGUGAUCAGUUUUGUCACAGAGCAGAACUGGGAUUCCCUGGAAGUGUUUGAUGGAGGGGACAACACAGCCACCAUGCUGGGGAGCUUCUCUGGAACCACAGUGCCUGCGCUGCUCAACAGCACUUCAAACCAGCUCUAUCUGCAUUUCUAUUCCGACAUCAGCGUCUCUGCUGCCGGCUUUCACCUGGAAUACAAAACCGUGGGCCUCUCCAGCUGCCCGGAGCCGGCGGUUCCUGGGAAUGGGCUGAAGAUCGGCGAGCGCUACCUGGUGAACGACGUGGUGUCCUUCCAGUGCGAGCCCGGCUACGCCCUGCAGGGCCACUCCCACAUCUCCUGCAUGCCGGGCACGGUGCGCCGCUGGAAUUACCCUCCACCCCUCUGCAUCGCCCAGUGUGGAGGAACAGCAGAAGAGAUGGAAGGAGUGCUCCUGAGCCCAGGAUUCCCAGGAAAUUACCCCAGCAACCUGGACUGCACGUGGAGGAUCCUGCUGCCAGUGGGGUUUGGUGCCCACAUCCAGUUCCUGAACUUCUCCACGGAGCCCAACCACGACUUUGUGGAGAUCAGGAACGGGCCCUACGACACCAGCAGCGUCAUCGGGCGCUUCAGCGGCGCCGAGCUGCCCGGCUCCCUGCUGUCCACCUCCCACGAAACCACCGUCUACUUCCACAGCGACCACUCCCAGAACAAACCCGGCUUCAAGCUGGAGUACCAAGGUGAGGAGGGACAAUCCUGCCCUGGGGGUGGCGUGCCUUGUGGGGGCAAUGUCACUGCCCAGAAUGGGACAGUUUAUUCUCCUGGCUUCCCCAACCAGUACCCAAAUUCCCAGGAUUGCACCUGGCUGCUGACAGUGCCUGUGGGAUAUGGGAUCCACCUGAACUUCACCCUGCUGCAGACAGAGCCCUACAAUGAUUUCAUCACUGUCUGGGACGGACCCCAGCAAACAGCCCCCCAGCUGGGGGUGUUCACAGGCAACUCAGCCAAGAAAUCUGCCCAGAGCUCCUCCAACCAGGUGCUGCUGAAAUUCCACAGCGACGGCGCCAACGGAGGCAUCUUCGCCAUCUACUUCUAUGCCUUCCAGCUGUUCCGCUGCCAGCCUCCCACCAUCGUUCCCAACGCCGAGAUCGUCACGGAGAACGAGGAGUUCAACAUCGGUGACAUCGUCAGGUACCGGUGCCUUCCUGGCUUCACCCUGAUUGGGAAUGAAAUCCUCACCUGCAAACUGGGCACCCACCUGCAGUUCGAGGGACCCCCACCCACCUGUGAAGUGCACUGCCCCAUGAACCAGCUGAUGACGGAUUCCACCGGGGUGAUCCUGAGCCAGAGCUUCCUGGGAAGUUACCCCCACUUCCAGACCUGCUCCUGGGUAGUGAAGGUGGAGUCAGGCUACAACAUCUCCCUCACCAUCGAGUACUUCCUCAGCGAGAAGCAGUUUGAUGAGUUUGAAAUCUUUGAUGGUCCCUCUGGGCAGAGCCCCCUGCUGCUGUCCCUGAGUGGGAAUUACUCGUCCCCUCUGACCGUCACCAGCAGCGGGAACAGCGUCUUCCUGCGCUGGUCCUCCGACCACGCCUACAACAGGAAAGGCUUCAAAAUCCGCUACUCUGCUCCCUACUGCAGCCUCCCACAGCCACCAGCCCACGGGAUGAUCCUGAGCCACUCCGGGCUGCGCCCCGGCAGCUCCGUGCGCUUCGGCUGCGACGCCGGCUACCGCCUGGUGGGACACAGCACCACCACCUGCACCCAGCACCCCCAGGGCCACUUCCACUGGAGGGAAGCCAUCCCCCUGUGCCAAGCUCUCUCCUGUGGCGUUCCCAGAGCCCCAAGGAACGGGGUUGUCUUUGGGAAGGAGUACACAGUGGGCACCAAGGCUGUGUACCAGUGCAACCAGGGCUUCCAGCUGCAGCCGGGCGCCGAGCCCAGCGCAGAGUGCCUGCAGGAGGGAGUCUGGAGCAACGGGAACCAGCCCCCUCUGUGCCUGGCCGUGACGUGCCCCGACGUGAGCAGCAUCGCGGUGGAGCACGGCCGCUGGCGCCUCACCUACGAGGUGCAGUACCACUACAACGCCCAGCUGAUGCUCAUCUGUGACCCUGGCUACUACUACACGGGCCAGAGGGUGAUCCGCUGCCAGGCCAACGGCACCUGGAGCAUCGGGGAGCCCGUGCCCACCUGUAAAAUUAUCUCCUGUGGGGACCUGCCCACCCCUCCCAACGGGAACAAGAUCGGGACCCUCACCAGUUACGGGGCCACUGCCAUCUUCUCCUGCAACACUGGCUACACCCUGGUGGGCUCCAGGGUCCGGGAGUGCAUGGCCAACGGGCUCUGGAGCGGGGCUGAGGUCCGCUGUCUGGCCGGGCACUGUGGCGUGCCCAGCCCCAUUGUGAACGGGCAGAUCAACGGGGAGAACUACAACUACCGCGGCAGCGUGGUGUACCAGUGCCAGCCCGGCUUCCGCCUCAUCGGCAUGUCCGUGCGCAUCUGCCAGCAGGACCACCGCUGGUCCGGCAAGACGCCUGUCUGUGUGCCCAUCACCUGUGGCCACCCUGGCAACCCCCCCAACGGCCUCACCCAGGGCUCCCAGUUCAACCUCAACGAUGUGGCCAAAUUCCAGUGCAACCCCGGCUUCCGCCUGGAGGGAGCUUCCCAAUCCCAGUGCCUGGCCAACGGCCAGUGGAGCAGCACCCUGCCCUCCUGCCGAGUUGUGAACUGUUCUGACCCCGGGCACCUGGAAAACAGCGUCCGGCAAGUGCAGCCGAGCGGCCCCCACAGGUUCAGCUUCGGCACCACCGUGUCCUAUCAGUGCAUCCACGGAUUUUAUUUGUUGGGAACGCACGUCCUGACGUGCCAGGGCGAUGGCACGUGGGACAGAGCCCUCCCCCAGUGCCUUUUGGUGUCGUGUGGCCACCCCGGGUCCCCUCCCCACGCGCAGAUCUCGGGGGACAAGCACACGGUGGGCUCCGUGGUCAGGUACAGCUGCCUGGGCAGGCGCACGCUGGUGGGCAAUGCCACGCGGAUGUGCCAGCUGGACGGGCGCUGGAGCGGCUCCCUGCCUCACUGCUCUGGGGGCAGCCAGGGCGUGUGCGGCGAUCCCGGGAUCCCUUCCCAUGGGAUUGGGCUGGGGGACGCCUUCGACGUGGGCAGCGUGGUGAGGUUCAGCUGCGAGCCCGGCUACUCCCUGCGGGGCUCCUCCGAGAGGAUCUGCCACGCCAACGGCUCCUGGAGCGGCACGCAGCCCGAGUGCGAAGUGAUUUCCUGCGGGAAUCCCGGGACGCCCAGCAAUGCCAGGGUGAUCUUCAACGACGGCCUGGUGUUCUCCAGCUCCAUCAUCUACCAGUGCAGGGAAGGUUAUUAUUCCACAGGGGUGCUGAGCAGGCACUGCACCGUCAACGGCACCUGGACUGGGACCAGCCCCGAGUGCACUGUGAUCAACUGUGGAGACCCCGGCGUGCCGGCCAACGGGCUGAGGCUGGGCAGUGACUUCACCUACAACAAAUCCGUGGUGUUCCAGUGCACUCCUGGCUUCAUGAUGGAGUCAGACAGAGCAGCUGCCCUCACCUGCACCAAGGACCGCACCUGGAACGGCACCAAACCUGUCUGCAAGGCCAUCACCUGCAGAGCUCCCCAGGCCAUUCCCAACGGGAAGGUGGUGGGAUCAGAUUUCAGCUGGGGUUCCAGCAUCAGCUACGCCUGCCUCGAGGGCUACCAGCUGUCCCUGCCCGCCGUGCUCACCUGCGAGGGCAACGGCUCCUGGAGCGGGGAGAUCCCCCAGUGCUUCCCCGUGUUCUGUGGGGACCCGGGGACCCCAGCCCAGGGCAGGAGGGAGGACCGAGGCUUCACCUACCGCUCGUCCGUGUCCUUCUCCUGCCUGGCCCCGCUGGUGCUCGUGGGGUCGGCGCGGAGGUUCUGCCAGUCCGACGGCACCUGGAGCGGGACCCAGCCCAGCUGCAUCGAUCCCAGCCUCACUACGUGUGCAGAUCCUGGGGUGCCUCUUUUUGGGAUGCAGAACAAUUCCCAGGGUUACCAGGUGGGAAGCAUCCUGUUCUUCAGGUGCCAGAAGGGAUAUCUCCUGCAGGGCUCCACCACCAGGACCUGCCUGCCCAACCUGACCUGGAGCGGCGUCCAGCCCGACUGCGUCCCCCACCACUGCAAGCAGCCUGAGACCCCAUCCCACGCCAACGUGGGUGCCCUGGACCUGCCCUCCCUGGGCUACACCUUGAUCUACUCCUGCCAGAGCGGCUUCUACCUCACCGGGGGCUCCGAGCACCGCACCUGCAAAGCCGACGGCAGCUGGACAGGGAAGCCCCCCAUCUGCCUGGCCGACGUCCGGCCCAGCGGGAGGCCCGUGGGCACCGCGCGGGAGCCGCCACUCGCCAAGGCCUCAGUGCCUGCGGAUGUGUUCGCAAGGAAUUCCCUGUGGAAAGGCUCCUACGAGUACAUGGGGAAGAAGCAGCCAGCCAUGCUCUCUGUCACCAGCUUUGACCCUGCCACCAGCAAGGUCAACGCCACCUUGAUCGACCACAGCGGGGUGGAGCUGCAGGUGUCGGGGAUUUACAAGAAGGAAGACGUGCACCUGCUGCUCCAGGUGUACCAGAUCAUGGGGCCACUGGAGAUCUUUGCCAACAAGUUCAGGAAUGACAAAUGGGCUCUGGAUGGACACGUCUCGUCGGAGUCCUCGAGUGGCACCUUCGUGUACCAGGGCUUUGUGCGUGGCAAAGGCUUCGGGCAGUUUGGCCUGCAGAGACUUGACAUCAGCAUGAUGGAAAACGACCCCGAAUCCAUAGGCCACCACUUUGCAUCCAACAGCAGCUCCGUGGCAGCCGCCAUCCUUGUGCCUUUCAUCGCCCUGAUUAUUGCAGGGUUUGUGCUUUAUCUCUACAAACACAGGAGGAGACCCAAAGUCCCGUUCAACGGCUACGCCGGCCACGAGAACACCAACGUGAGGGGCACCUUCGAGAACCCCAUGUACGACAGGAACCUGCAGCCCUCAGACAUCAUGGCUGGCGAGGCCGAGUUCACAGUGAGCACGGUGUGCACGGCCGUAUAGCGCUGUCCCCGCACGGUUCCCGUGGCCGGUGUCCAGUGUGGAUGACUGUCCCACCUCACCAUCCAUCCAUCCCCUCCCCACCUCCUGCUCCC